AAGCAAAAUAUCUGUUUUUAUAUUUUAGAUAGGGUUUAUAAAAAUGUUUUGACUGCAUAAAACUAAUGCGCUCAAGAUUUAUAAUGGCUUCAUUUCAACUUAUUGAUAUUGGUGCGAAUCUUACGGACUCAAUGUACAAAGGUCUGUACAAUGGAAAAAAGUAUCACGAAGAAGAUCUCAAUGAUGUUUUAUCUCGAGCAAAAGAAAAUGGCGUAAACAGAUCAAUUAUAACCGUAGGUCAUCUUGAAGAUGUUAAUCCUGCUCUUGAUUUGUGUAAAUCUACAACGAAUUUGUUCUGCACGGUAGGAUGUCAUCCAACACGCUGUAACGAGUUUAAAGAAAACCCUGAUGAUUAUUACAAACAACUUCUAGACAUAGCUCUCAAUAAUCAAGAUAAAGUCGUUGCCAUCGGUGAAUGUGGUUUAGAUUACGACAGAGAACAUUUUUGUAGCAGAGAAACUCAAAAGUUAUUUUUUGAAAAACAAUUCGAUUUAGCAAUUGAAACAAAUCUACCUAUGUUUUUUCACAUGCGAAAUGCGUCUCAAGAUUUUAUAGACAUAUUAAAAAAGUAUCGAGAUAGGAUCGUCGGUGGCGUUGCACAUUGUUUUACAGGAUCCGUUGAAGAAGCUAGAGCACUAACGGAUAUGGGUUUAUAUGUUGGAAUAACCGGCUGUUCUUUAAAAACAUUGGAUAACAUAGAAGCAGUUAAAACAAUACCUGCUGAGUUUUUAUUGGUGGAGACUGACGCUCCUUGGUGCGAGAUUAAGAACACUCAUGCUGGUUUUAAAUUUAUUAAAACUAAAUUUCCAACAAAAAAAAAAGAACGAUGGGAAAAAGGAUAUUGCGUAAAAUCACGCAAUGAACCUUGUCAUCUUAUUCAAAUAAUUGAAAUUCUUGCUGCUGUUCGGGGAGAAGAUCCACGUGAAUUGGCUGACAAUGUUUUUAGAAAUACGGAAAAAUUAUUUUUUAGUAAAGUUUAAUUUUCCUAAGGUAAAAUUUAUUAUUAGAAACACUGGAGAUAAAAUUAAAUGUAUUGUAAUAACUCCAUAAAAGAUUAAAAUU